GUCCCGCCCCCGCUGCGGUCGUGGAGGAAGCGCAGCCGGAGCAGCAGCGGCCGCCUGGCAGAGUCUCCACCCCGGAUACCGCUCUACUUACCACAACUCAUAUAAAGGUAGCAAGACUUACAGGUCUGUCCUCGGGCUGCUUUUUUUCUCGUUGAUGGUUAGACUCUGCGAGAGAAGGAUGAAGUUCCUUGUGGCCAUUACGAUCAUUGUGGGAUCCCUGAUUUUCCUCGCUUUCCCUAAUGGCUCAUCUGCGGACGAGAAGAAGAAAGGCCCCAAAGUAACAGCGAAGGUGUUCUUUGACAUGAAAGUUGGAGAUGAAGAAGUUGGAAGAAUUGUCAUCGGAGUUUUUGGGAAAACUGUUCCCAAAACAGCCGAUAACUUCAUCGCUUUGGCAACAGGAGAGAAAGGAUUCGGUUACAAAGGCAGCAAAUUCCAUCGAGUCAUCAAGGAGUUUAUGAUCCAGGGUGGAGACUUCACCAAAGGAGACGGCACUGGAGGCAAGAGCAUCUAUGGAGACCGUUUCCCCGAUGAGAACUUCAAGCUGAAGCACUACGCCGCCGGCUGGCUCAGCAUGGCCAACGCCGGCAAAGACACGAACGGCUCUCAGUUCUUCAUCACCACCAUCAUGACCCCGUGGCUGGACGGCAAACAUGUGGUCUUUGGAAAGAUCCUGGAGGGCAUGGAUGUGGUGAAGAAGAUCGAGGCCACAAAGACAGACGGCCGGGAUAAGCCUCUUAAAGAUGUCAUGAUCCACGAUUGUGGCGUUAUUGAGGUGGAGAAGCCCUUCGCUAUUGCCAAGGAGUAGAGCACUGCUGAAGGAGAACAGGACUGGGGGGGGGGGGAUUGUGCGGGCCACCAUGUUUUAUUACCACAUCAGCCCUGUGGUCCUGCAGAAGGGGAUUCUGGGAGAUUCUGUGUCAGUGUCUGCUGUCUUAAAGCACCGGAGGAGCAUCGAGCAAUCGUGACGCCACUUUGGGUCCAUCUACUAACGAGCGUUCCAAGGUGCAACCAACCGUUCGUUGUUGUUUUUGUAAAAAAAAUGAAAUCUAAAAUAAAGGUUUCAAUUUUUGUUAAAAA